CGCCGCUGUCCAGGUACCGCAGGAAGACCGCCAACGCCCGGGAGCGCUACCGCAUGCGGCAGAUCAACACCGCCUUCGAGAGCCUUCGCGGCGUGUUGCCGUCGUGGGUGUGCAGUCGCCGCGCCGCCUCGGACAUGACCAAGAUCGCCACGCUGAGACUCGCCUCCGCCUACAUCCGGUCGCUGCAGGACAUCCUGGACGGCAGCGCCCCGCAGGACACCUGCUCGUGGGUCCUCUCCGCCAUCCUGGACGGCCC